AUGGUUUCUAAUUUUCUGAUUACAAGAUUCACUGCAACUGCAUCAUCAUUCACACACUACAACAUUAAUAAGGGUACCCUACUUCCAUUGAGUUGUCUUCUGCAUCACAAACACAAUGCUUUCCUUUUAUUCCUCAACUCGUUCGCUUCAUCCACCUCUUCUGAUUCUGAAUCAGAUCAACACUACCGUAAAGGUGACACGUUUACAGUGUCUUACCUCGUAAACUCAUGUGGGGUGUCCACAGAAUUGGCUACGAAACUCUCCAAAAAAGUGCAUUUGAAAAACUCAUAUGGCCCAAAUGCUGUUCUUGAUCUUUUCAAGACCUAUGGGUUCUCCGAAACCCAUGUUGCCAAACUUGUGGCUAAAUGUCCAAAGGUGCUGGCUGCAAAGGCAGAGAAAACCCUUUUGCCUAAACUCAAGUUCUUUCAUUCCAUUGGUGUUUCCAACAUUGACAUGCCUAGGGUCAUAAUUGGUAACUACACUAUCCUGGGCAGAAACUUGGAGAAGUGCAUCAUCCCACGUCAUGAGGUACUUAGAAGCGUAGUUCGCGAUGAUGAGGAAGUUGUUAAAGUUUUGAGAAAAGGCCCAUAUUCCUUUACAUAUUUUGUCACAAAGAGUGGUUUCGUUCGAAACAUUGAGGUUUUGAGGCAACGUGGGGUGCCACAAGCUUCCAUUUCUCUCCUUGUGAUCCAUUUUACCUUUGCCUCGAAUGCGAAGCAUUCCAAAUUUGUGGAAGCUAUCAAGAUAGUUGAGGAAAUUGGGUUUGAUCCUUUGAAAACAGCUUUUGUCCAAGCUGUCCAUGUGCUUUUAACUCUGAGUAGAGCGACAUGGGAGUCGAGAUUUGAGGUUUAUGAGAGGUGGGGCUGGGACCGCGAAAUGGCAUUUGGAGCGUUUAGAAAGUUUCCCAAUUUUAUGAUUUUGUCGGAGAAGAUGUUUACAAAAAAAAUGAAUUUUCUAGUGAAGGAUAUGGGUUUGUCAUCAGAAUAUAUUGUUGAAUAUCCUCAAGUUGUAGCCUACAGCUUGGAGAAGAGGAUUAUACCUAGAAUCUCAGUCAUAAAAAUCAUGAAAUCAGAUGAUUUUCUUGAAAAUAGUUUUCACUUUGGUUCCUUUAUAUGCAUAACUGAGGAAAACUUCUUGGAGAAAUUUGUCAUCAACUUUCAGAAAGAGUUGCCUCCCUUACCAGAUGCCUGCAGAAAUUUGAUCAAUCGUAAGAAUGUUAUGUAA